GUGUGUGUGUGUGUGUGUGUGUGUGCUAGAGAGAGAGAGCGGGAGAGAGAGAAAGAGAGAAAGAAAGGCUACCGUGACAGUGUUGUCGCCGGGUAAACCGUUGUUGUCUCUUUGUGCAGAGUCGGUAUAACCGUCUGAGCAUUUUAAGGGAAUACACACAAAACAGUGUCAUUCAGCUGAAAUGGGGAAGGUGGAAGGAGGAAUGAAAUGUGUGAAGUACCUGCUGUUCGUGUUCAACUUCAUAUUCUGGUUGAUGGGAUCCUUUGUUCUGGCAGUGGGACUGUGGCUGCGUUUCGACCCAGAAACUGUUUCUCUGCUCAGUGGUGAUAAGGCUCCGGAUACCUUCUUCAUUGGUGUGUACAUACUUAUUGGUGCUGGCAGUCUAGUGAUGUUGGUGGGUUUCUUUGGCUGCUGUGGAGCCGUUAGAGAAUCUCAGUGCCUGCUGGGCUCAUUCUUUGCUUGUCUGCUGAUCAUCUUUGGGUCAGAGGUGGCAGCAGGGGUGUUUGGAUUCCUAAACAAAGACAAGAUAAUUGAAGAUGUCCAGAACUUCUACGUAAAAACCUAUAAUGAAAACAGCAACGGCACAUUGAUCAUCUCUUACCAGAAAGUGCUGAGCUGUUGUGGAACCAUAGCAAACCCGUGCCCCGAUGCUGAACCAAAUAAAAAGGACUGUGAGACAGGUAUCAAAGACUUCUUCAACAGUAAACUCUAUAUCAUUGGAUACGUGGGCAUAGGAAUUGCUGGCGUCAUGAUCAUUGGGAUGAUUUUCAGUAUGGUGCUUUGCUGUGCCAUUCGCAACAGCAGGGAGGUCAUUUAAGAUGGAUUCUUGCCCUCUACUCUGAACUGCUUCUGUAUCCAGCCCAUAAAGACUGUACAGCAAUUCAUAUUAAAUGUCAUCUCCUGUCCGUCAAAAGGCCAGGGAGCCAGGAAGUAGAACAUGUUUGAAAAAAUUCCUUUCCACUAUGGUGCUCAUCCCCUCCCUUGUGCAGUUUUUUUUUUCUUUUUCUUUUUUAACCCUUGAAUUGUUCCUUAUUUAUUUCCAAUCCAAAGCAAAGUACUACAAUCUACCUUUCAUAACAUUCUGGGAAGACAUUCACAUAUCAAAUGGGAACAGUACAAAUCCUAAUGCUGAGUAGACAGCCCGUCACAUAGCUUUUCCUAAUGGGCCACCACAAAAUUUUAACCCACAUACUAUCACAGCAGUGUCAGUGCUUUUUCACACAGCCUUGACAGUGACCCCUGGGCUGUGGGAAACUUAAGCCUGAGAGAGCAAUCCAAGGUGAAAGCUGCUGAGUUUGCUUAUCUGUGCACACAGAAAAUAAAACCCAUACACACACAUGCAGAUAUGCACAGACAUAGAAACACAGCUAUGUUGUACUACAUGAGACCACAAUCUUAACAAAGAUUUCUGCAUCUUGGAGACAGUCCUGAUUGGUUGAAUCAGUGUGGAGUGUUACUCAUACAUGCUGCAUUUUAAUCAAUCAGGCAUCCACUGGGAUUCCCCAGCACUCUUAACUCUUACACACACACAGUAUGCACACACACACUCUGUGAAGUGCUCAAACUACUUAGUAAGCAAAAUCCAGUUAUCUAAUUAAAGGACUAGUUAAUAUUAUGCAGAAUCCACUCAUUUGAUUAAUUUAAGAGUUAUAUGAAAAGAUUGAUGCCACUCUCUUGUCUGUACAAUAAAUAUACAUUGUAGUUAGCUUAAAUUAGAAUGAAGACAGUGAACAUGUAGAAGAACACAGAAGAAGGAAACAAAUGAUGUGUUCAGACUUGGUCUCAGUCUUUAUUUUCUCAUGUGUUCAGUAUUUACACUAACACAAUUAACUCAUGGAUGUAGCUUCAUAUUUGACAAAUAUGAGAGCACCAUUGAUCCUUUUCAUCUGACUCUUAGAAAGAAAUUAAGUGUUUUUCUCAAAACUCUAUUCUCAUAUCUUUACACAACUAAGCUAGUUUGUAUCAUCAUGUGUAUUAUAUUGUCUACUUUAUGAAAUACAUUGCCAAGCUGAUGUGUACUGAUGAGUGAGGGAAGGUAGUUUGCAAAACUCACCCAAGCUCCUCUUUCAAGCAGAAAUUAAUAUAAAGGCUUCCUGAAGGUAUUAAUUGCCGUUAAGAGGGGCUCGUGUGGUCCAAUCAAAAUAAUCUCUUAUGUUAGAACCCAUCCCACCAGUCAUUGCUUAGAAGAUCCAGAUCAUAUGGCAGCAUUUACAGGCUAAACUACACUCCCCUCCAAAAGUAUUGGAACAGUGAGACCAGUCCCUUUAUUUUUGCUGUGGACUAAAAACAUUUGGGUUUGACAUACUUUUUUGUAUCAAUACAAGACAAAAAAUCAACAUCUCAGUUUUUAUUUCCAGGUAUUUACAUCUUUAGGGUGGCUGUAGCUCAGGAGGUAGAGCAGGUCACCUACUAAGGUUGGCAGUUCAAUUCCUGCCUACUCCAUGCUGUAUGCCAAUGUAUCCUUGGGCAAGAUACUUAACCCCAAAUUGCUCUCUGACGCAAGUGUUGGAGUGUGAAUGUUAGAUAAUAAAAAGCACUUAGCUUAGUUAAUCAUGGAAGUGCUGGUGUGAAUGGGGUAAAUGUAAAACGUGUUGUGUAAGCGCUUUGAGUGCUCAGACUGAGUAGAAAAGCGCUAUAUAAGAACUAGUCCAUUUACCAUACACAGUUUAGGAGAUGCCACCUUUGAUCUUAACCCAUCCAUUUUUCUUGUGAGCAAAAGUAUUGGAACAGAUAAACUUAAAAUAGAUUCAAGUGAAUAAUACUAUUAUUCAAGUGAAUAAUACUUAGUUGCAAGUCCUUUGCUUGCAAUAACUGCAUCAAGCCUGCGACCCACUGACAUCACUAAACUUUUGCAUUCUUCUGUAUUGCUUUCCAGGCUUUUACCACAGCCUCUCAGUUGUUGCUUGUUUUGGGGGGGUCACUCACCUUUAGUCUUCUCUUCAGCAGGUAAAAUGUAUAUGUAUAAAUCUAUAGGGUUUAAGUCUGGAGAUUGACUAGGCCGGUCUAAAACCUUCCACUUUCUGCCCCUGAUGAACUUCUUUGUAGUUUUGACAGUGUGUUUUGGGUCAUUAUCUUGUUGGAUGAUGAAGGAUUUCCCAAACAGUUUGGUUGCAUCAUUCUUUACAUUGAUGGACAAAAUGUUUCUGUAGACUUCUGAGUUCAUUGUACUGCUGCCAUCAUGUGUGACAUCAUCAAUAAAGAUUAAUGAACCCGUCCCAGGAGAAGCCAUGACAUUACUUCCACUGUAUUUCACCUAUGAGCUCGUGUGUUUGGGAUCGUAAGCAGAUCUUUUCUUUCUCCAAACCUUUUAGCCUUUUCAUCACCUUGGUAAAGGUUCAUCUGUGUCUCAUCAGUCAGAAUUUCUGAGGCUUUUCUCUGUACUUCUUGGCAAACUCCAGCCUGGGCUUCCUGUUCUUCUUGCUACUCAGUAGUUUGCAUCUUCUGGUGAAGCCUCUGUACUUUUGUUCAUGAAGUCUUCUGCUAACAGUAGAUUGUCAUACCUUCACUCCUGCCCUCUGGAGGUUGUUGCUGAUGCCACUAGCAGCUGUUUUAGGAUAUUUCGUCACAGCCCUUCGACUCUUUUCUGUCAUCAGCUGCUGUUCCUUUCCUCGGUCUACCUGUUCAACAUUUGUUACUUAGUACACCAGCAACUUUCUUCUUCAGGACAUUCCAGACAAUUGUACUGGCUAUAGCCAAUGUUUGUGCAAUGGCUCUUAUUGAUUUUCCAUUCUCUCUCAGCUUCACAAUUGCUUGGUUUUCAACCAUAGACAGUUCUCUGGUUACUGCUCUAAUUAUAAAAGCAGUGUGCACAGGCAAAAUGCCAAUCUGAAACUGAGCGCAGAUAUUCAGCUCUAUUUAUUGUUUGAAUAAUCAAUGGAACAGGGCACACCUGUCAGUCACAUGUUCCAAUACUUUUGCUCACAAUGAAAAUGGCUUCAGACAGAAGGUGCUAUCUUCUGAACUGUGUACCAGAUCCAGAUGUAAAUCCCUGAAAUAAAAGCUGAGCUGCUGAUCUUCUGUGUCAUAUUCAUCUUUUAAUGUCAAACUCAAAUGUUUUCAGUCUACAGC